AUGUACAUUGAUAAACAAAAUUAUAUAAAUAAAAUUGAAGAACGGGACGAUGAACUAAUAAAAAAUCGUACCAAGUGCACGGAGCAUAAUCAAAUUUUGGCUCAUAUCCGAGAAAAGAUGCAUCACACUGAUGAAGUCAUUGAUUUCACUGAGGGUGAUCUCGGGGAUGCAGAGAUAGAAUUUUUGAAAGCUAGAGAAGAGCUCGGACAAGUCAAGAAUCAUCGAGACAGACUACGUUGGUCGCUAGAAGCGGAACGACUAAAGGCGGGUCUGCUUACAAGGAAGGAUUUGUUGCGUGAUUACCAAGACGCCACUGACGAGGUAAAG